AUGGCAGGCCGAGCUCUCACUCACAUUCACUUCCAGCUCAUUGCCACCAUCCUGGUGGCGCUCGUCGCCACAUGCCACGCCGGCAGCAUCGCCGUGUACUGGGGUCAGAACGACGGCGAGUCGUCCCUGUCCGAGACGUGCGCGUCCGGGAACUACAAGUUCGUCAUCCUCGCCUUCGUCUACAAGUUCGGCAAGGGCCAGACGCCGGACCUGAACCUUGCCGGUCACUGCGUUCCCUCGUCGGGCAACUGCAAGCUUCUGAGCAAGGACAUCCACUCGUGCCAGCGCCGCGGUAUCAAGGUCCUGCUCUCCAUCGGCGGCGGCGAGAGCAGCUACGGCCUGUCGUCAGAAAGCGACGCGCGCGAAGUGGCCGCUUACCUCUGGAACAAUUACCUGGGCGGCACGUCGUCGUCCCGCCCCCUCGGCGAUGCCAUCCUUGACGGCGUCGACUUCGACAUCGAGCAAGGCGGCGCCAAGUUCUGGGACAGCCUCGCCAGGGACCUCAAGGACAUGGGCAAGAAUAAUGGCGACAAGGCGGUGCUGCUGAGCGCGGCGCCGCAGUGCCCAUUCCCGGACGAGUGGGACAGCGCCGCGAUCAACACGGGGCUGUUCGACUUCGUGUGGGUGCAGUUCUACAACAAUCCGGAGUGCCAGUUCAGCUCGGGGCGCAAGGCCUUCCUAGACGCAUGGAAACAAUGGGAGUCGGUGCCGGCGGGGCAGCUCUACCUCGGACUGCCAGCCUCCAAGGACGCGGCAGGCACCGGGUUCGUGCCCGCGGCCCAGCUCACGUCGCAGGUGCUGCCGCUCAUCAAGGGCUCGCCCAAGUACGGCGGCGUCAUGCUCUGGUCCAAGUUCUACGACGACCGCACGGGAUACAGCUCCGCCAUCAAGAGCCACGUCUGA